GUGGCAGCAGUAACGUCCUGACCCAUCCCUGACUCGCGUAAGCAGCUGCAACGAUUCCUGGGGUUCGCCAACUUCUAUCGGAGGUUUAGCCGUGGCUAUCGCACCGUAGCUGCCCCACUCACGGCCCUCACCUCAUCUAAGGUCCAGUUCCGGUGGUCACCCUCGGCGGAGGGGGCCUUCCAGGGACUUAAGGCCCGGUUUACCUCCGCUCCUAUCCAAGUUCCUGACCCCGAGCGACAGUUUGUUGUUGAGGUGGAUGCCUCAUAUGUGGGAGUGGGGGCCAUCCUUUCUCAGCAGGCUGCCAGCGACCAGAAGCUCCACCCAUGCGCCUUCUUCUCUAGGCGGCUCUCUCCUGCUGAGAGGAACUAUGAUGUUGGUAACCGAGAGCUGCUGGCCCUUGAAGAGUGGCGCCACUGGCUUGAGGGGACCAGUCUGCCAUUUUUGUGUUGGACUGAUCACAAGAAUCUCGAGUACAUUCAGUCCGCCAAGAGGCUCAACUCUCGGCAAGCCAGAUGGUCUCUGUUUUUUACCCGGUUUAACUUUUCACUCUGUUACAGGCCUGGUACCCGUAACGUCAAGCCAGACGCCCUGUCCCGCCAGUUUGUGGACAAGGGGGAUUCCACCCCUUGUGAUGACAACAUCCUUUCUGCCCCAGUCUUGGUGGCCGCUAUCACCUGGGAGACCCUGAGGUCGGAGGUCCUCCAGUGGGCCCAUAGCUCCAAGCUCACUUGCCAUCCUGGGAGCCAGCGUACUAGGGAUGCCUUGCAGCAGAGGUUCUGGUGGGCUACUCUGGAGAAGGACACCCGGGAAUUCGUCAACGCCUGUCCUGUCUGCAACCAGGUUCAUCGGACCAUUCGAGAUUCUGAAGGUCAUCAGCCCAGCAGUAGUGAGGCUCAAGCUGCCCCGGGCCAUGCGGGUCCAUCCGUCGUUCCACGUCUCCAGAGUAAAGCCAGUUCGGGAGUGUCCGCUGGUUCCUGCUGAAAAGCCCCCACCGCCACCACGGUUCAUCGAGGGAGGUCUUACCUACACGGUUCGCCGUCUGCUUCGUUCCCGCCGCCGUGGAAGAGGGCUACAGUAUUUGGUCGACUGGGAGGGCUACGGACCAGAGGCGAGAUGCUGGGUCCCAGCUCGACAUAUCCUAGAUCCACCUCUCAUGAGAGAGUUUCACCGCAGCCACCCUGACCAGCCCUCCAAGGGCUCUGUGCCCACAAGGGCUACCAGGCCAGCCCCUGUUCCCUCCCUCCCGUCUGCAGCAUCAGACAUCGGGGAGGAGUCAGCUUCUGAUGAGGACAACUCACCCGUCGAUGAGGAGAGGGGGGAGAUGUCUGAGGAGUAUUAGUCCUCCCCCAGAUCCUCUCUGCCCACCCGGCGUGGAGAUUUUGUUUUGGGACGUCAGGAGCCGUCCUUUUGAGGGGGAUUCUGUAACAGUUUAGCUCCACGCCUUCCUUUUUGUAAUAGUUGUUUUCAUCCUGUCACACCAUCUCGUCUAUCCAACUCCCCUCACCUGCCUCUGAUCACCUCGUUAGUCCCUCAUUCCCUUCACCUGGUCCUCACGCCCUCUCACCUGCAGCCCCUCCCCUCAUUAGUCCCUCAUUCCCUUCACCUGGUCCUCACGCCCUCUCACCUGCAGCCCCUCCCCUCAUUAGUCCAUCACUAUUUAGCUCCCUCACUUCCACUUGUCCUCUGCCAGAUUGUCUUGUGUUUUCGUGCCAAGUUCUCCAGCGUUAUUAGAGUAUAUUCCUGACCUGCCUGUUUUGACCCUGCUUGCCUGCCCUGACCUCUGAUUCUCUGCCCCGCCCCUUUUUGGACUUGUUUGCUUCUUCGACUGAUCUCCCGGUUUUGACCCAGCCUGUUUCCAACCAAAGACAGUAUUCUUUGUUACUCCUGUCUGAGUCGUGCUUUUGGGUCCACUCUAAUAGCGCCAUGACAAAUUCCAACAGAAGCCGUCUCAGUACAGCUCAGCAUGGCAUAGCCUGUAGUUCCUGGAAGACACACACACACACACACACACAUGCCCAGUCCUACUGUCUGGACUUCCAUCUGCUCACCUCACAGCAAUAUUUCCCCCUAACAGUAUCAAGUCCACUUGCAGGUCUCUACAUUACACUAUCUCUACAUCACACUAUCUCUACAUCACACUAUCUCUAUCACAUCUCUUUGUGUUAUCUCUGGUCCUGGGAUCUUCUCUCGUUGUGGUCACAUGUUUCUCAGCUCUUCCUCAUAGGAAGUGAAAUGCAGUCUGUUCAUGGCGCCAUAAAGCGAUGAUGUCAUCAUCUCUCCUGUCGCCGUGGGUGACUCCAUGCUCAGCUUCACUCGGACGGCACUGGGUCCGUUGGCCUGUUGCUCUGAACAUCUGGCCAGCUGCUGGGAGACGACCAUGAAACCUAAACCCGGUGGCUUGAGACGCAGCCGGUUCUGAACCUGUGGAGGUCGGACGUCUUCACGCGGUCCUGCCGCCUCCUCCAGCCUCAGGACUCGCAGCAUCGCCAUGGCAACACAUGAAGGCUGCAGAGACGAUGGAGCAGCAGGCCGGAUUCACCAGGAAGACGAUCAUGUUUAUUACAAGGGGGCGUUCUCCGAGGUGGUCCUGGCCGAGGAGCUGAGGACCCAGAGGCUGGUGGCCAUCAAGUGCAUCCCCAAGAAGGCCCUGGAGGGCAAGGAGAGCAACAUCGAGAACGAGAUCGCAGUCUUGCACAAGAUCAAACACGCCAACAUCGUGUCUCUUGAGGAGAUCUUUGAGAGUAAAUCACACCUCUACCUCGUCAUGCAACUGGUGUCUGGCGGGGAACUCUUUGAUCGCAUCAUCGAGAAAGGCUUCUACACAGAGAAAGACGCCAGCAAGCUGAUUCAGCAGAUUCUGGAUGCGGUGAAGUACCUCCACGACAUGGGCGUCGUGCACCGCGACCUGAAGCCGGAGAACCUGCUGUACGACAGCAUGGCCGACGACGCCAAGAUCAUGAUCAGCGACUUCGGGCUGUCGAAGAUCGAGGGCUCCGACAGCGUGAUGUCCACCGCGUGCGGAACACCUGGAUAUGUCGCCCCUGAAGUCUUGGCUCAGAAACCCUACAGCAAGGCCGUGGACUGCUGGUCCAUUGGAGUGAUCGCUUAUAUCCUGCUCUGUGGCUAUCCUCCGUUCUACGAUGAGAACGAUGCCAAACUGUUUGAGCAGAUCCUGAAGGCCGAGUACGAGUUUGACUCUCCGUACUGGGACGACAUCUCUGAAUCAGCUAAAGACUUCAUCGUCCACCUGAUGCAGAAAGACCCCAACGUGCGCUACACCUGUGACCUGGCCCUGCAGCACCCCUGGAUUGCCGGCGACACGGCGUUGGACAAGAACAUCCACGAGUCCGUCAGCGCUCAGAUCAAGAAGAACUUCGCCAAGAGCAAGUGGAAGCAAGCCUUCAACGCCACCGCCGUGGUCCGCCACAUGAGGCGCCUCCAGCUGGGCGGCGAGGGGCCCGGCCCCGCCCUGCCGGAGGAGGACGGAGAGGCCCGUGAGGGCCCCCAGGAGGCGGAGGGGGGGGCCCCCGCCAGCAGUGUGUGAGCGCUGCAGCUGCUCCACUUACUUGCCUGAUCAAUCCCAGCGACUUUCCAAUUGCAACCCCCCCCCCCUGGUGGACCUGGAGGACCUCCCCCCGAUCGGGUUAGGAAUACAGCGUCAUUCCAACCUCUCGCCUGCAGGGGGCAGCGCGUCCAGCCGGAGAGGGGAGAGCUGCGGGAUGAGAGGAGGAGGAGGAGGAGGAGGAGGGAGGCUUGAGGACAACGACGCACCGCAGGAUUACUUUUACAGACUGGGCUUGUAGUUUGGGAUAAAAUGAGAUGAGGAAAGGAUACGAGGAGGAGGAGGAGGGUGUCGGGGUGUUUUACAGGAGCAGGACCGAGCUGGUUGGCACUGUUUUACUCGUUGUUUUAUAUAUUUCUCUGUUGUCUUUUUAACUUCCUGCUGAGGAUCCAGCAUCCAGGGACGAUACGCAUGCCCCUCCCCCCAAGAGGAAGAAGAGGGUUUUGCUUCGUUGCAGUAUUUGAAAUUGAAUCUCUUCUGUCUUUCAGUCGUGUUUUUAGACGAUCGGUACAGAAUAGUUGAUGAAGCUCCGCCUCCGCCGGGCUCCACCCCAGAGGCCCAGAACCCCUUCGGCUCGGCCCGGGGAGGUCUAUCGGGCCGCGGUGCCUUCAGGAGGACUACUUUAUCUUCGGGUGGCGUUUGAGUUCUUUUGUCUGUUUCUUGAAGCGCAGACUUUUAUAAUGUUUUACAUUGAAUGUUUUGAGAAUGAAUUUCAGGCUUGGUGUCUCACGAGAGUGGAACAUGAAACUAACGGUUACAACCUUCCCGCCGGGCUUUUUAAAAUCUCAUGAAUAGAUGUUCUGGGUAAUAUUCUUUGUGUUUGAUCCCUGGUGGUGCAGAUUAAAGUGUGUUCAUGUGUUUACACUCAAAUCCUAAAGGGACAUGUUGUGCAAGAAGUUUUUCAUUCGCAAACGUGAGGAAGAGUCGAUGGUCCAGUGAAGGGUUAACGAGACCUGGACCCUGAAGGGUUAACGAGACCUGGACCCUGAAGGGUUAACGAGACCCGGACCCUGAAGGGUUAACGAGACCCGGACCCUGAAGGGUUAAAGAGACCUGGACCCUGAAGGGUUAAAGAGACCCGGACCCUGAAGGGUUAAAGAGACCUGGACCCUGAAGGGUUAACGAGACCCGGACCCUGAAGGGUUAAAGAGACCCGGACCCUGAAGGGUUAACGAGACCCGGACCCUGAAGGGUUAACGAGACCCGGACCCUGAAGGGUUAAAGAGACCCGGACCCUGAAGGGUUAACGAGACCCGGACCCUGAAGGGUUAAAGAGACCCGGACCCUGAAGGGUCCCUCUUUACUGUCCUCCAUGGUGGUUGUGUGUGUGUGUGUGUGUGUGUGUGGUUGUGGUUGUGUGUGUGUGUGUGUGUGCAUGAAGAGUUCAUACUCUAUUCCUCCUCAUCUUUUUAAAACUUGCAUAGACGUGUUGCUCUGUUCCGGGGUCGUGGGGUCAGGGUGGGAGGAGCUUUAUUUAGGACGCCCCGCGGCCUCGUCCUCUGAGGGCCUCGUCCUCUCUGAGGGACUCGUGGUCCUGAAGAGAGCGUCCACCGCCGUGAUGAUGUCACCGUGGAGACGAGAGGAGACGCUGUGUUUUUACUCUUUUAACAAUUAUCUUCAAGUGUUUUUCCAGCUGGUGAGCAGACGUGACCUUCUGGGUUCAGACGUGACCUUCUGGGUCCACACGUAACUUUCUGGGUUCAGAUGUGACCUUCUGGGUCCAGACGUGACCUUCUGGGUUCAGACGUGACCUUCUGGGUCCACACGUGACCUUCUGGGUUCAGACGUGACCUUCUGGGUCCAGACGUGACCUUCUGGGUCCACACGUGACCUUCUGGGUCCAGACGUGACCUUCUGGGUCCAGACGUGACCUUCUGGGUCCACACGUGACCUUCUGGGUUCAGACGUGACCUUCUGGGUCCACACGUGACCUUCUGGGUCCACACGUGACCUUCUGGGUUCAGACGUGACCUUCUGGGUCCACACGUGACCUUCUGGGUCCACACGUGACCUUCUGGGUCCAGACGUGACCUUCUGGGUUCAGACGUGACCUUCUGGGUCCACACGUGACCUUCUGGGUCCAGACGUGACCUUCUGGGUUCAGACGUGACCUUCUGGGUCCACACGUGACCUUCUGGGUCCAGACGUGACCUUCUGGGUUCAGACGUGACCUUCUGGUUCCAGACGUGACCUUCUGGGUCCAGACGUGACCUUCUGGGUCCAGACGGACCUCUCCUCUGCUUCAGCACAGUCGACUCGACGAAGAGGCCUUUCCUCAAACCCGGCAGCAAAAAUGAGUUUCCAGGCCGGUCCAGCGCCGCAUGCUCCUGCUCGCCAGGGAGGACGGCGUGUGCUCCGACGUGUUUGUGUUAUCGAUAUGUUGCCUUGAAGAAAUGCUGUUUCAGGCUGCGGCACCGACCGCACACAGGCGCAAUGCAUCAUGGGUUGUUGAACGUGACGGUGGCGUGUGCUUGAAACGUGUCGGUGAAACAUUAAAACACCGUCUAUGCAUCA